AUGUACAUAUUUCCCCAGAAAAUGUCAAGCACGUCGUCGGUGGUUGUGGUGGUGCUUGCGCUGCCCCACCACGCCGUCACCGCUAACCUAAGGACCACAAAUAUUCUGGAUUCUUCUCCGACCGUCGUUCAACAUGCCACCAGCGCCACGCCGCCGACGAGACAAGCUAGCCGCCACCUCCGCGACUCGGAUGACUCAAGCAGCGGUUCGGACAGCAACGGCUACAGCCCCUGGGAGUUGUACGUCGGGUGCUUCCAAGAUGAUGAGCAAAGUACGCUGCUUGAGUUUGGGUUUAUUUCCGGGGGCUUCAACGUUGAGCGUUGUUUUAUGCACUGCACCGACGAGGGAGCGACUUUCCUGGGCCUCAAGUAUGGCUUCCAGUGCUCGUGCGACUUUGGGCAAGAAGAAGACUACACGCUGAACGGCCCUGGAGAACGCUUGCGGUGGGCUUUCGACCUGUACUCUCUCGGAGGAGGGGACGACAGCUCGACCUCCGUGACUUCAUUACCAACGGCGUCGUCGACCGGCUUUCCGAUGCCUACGGGCUUCCCGAACCUGUCGGGCGCGCCCUCGACAUCGAGCCUGUGGCACCCCGUACUCCGAUGCCCGCGACUCCUCCUACUACGCGAUCAUUCUGACGUUUUCCCUUCCUUUCCACCCCGCCACCUGUAUACGACGUCCUGGUGCGUUCACAACGCGGACCCUCUCACGUGGAGCAGCACGGUGGCAUCUUCCGCCGCCGAACACGCCGAGGGGCUCACGGCCCAGUGCUUCUCCAGCCUGUUCCACAGCACUCAAGAACAGCGCUACGGCUACGGCGCGAACCUGUACAUACGCUGGGGGUCGGACUCGUGCUACUCGCACAAGAAGGCGACGAAGGGACUAUACUACGACGAAGUCCAGUCCGACAGUGUUCUCCAGUACGGUGGUCACGCGACCCAGAUCCUGUGGAAGGCUGCGGAGCAAGUUGGAUGCGCCGGGGCGCGGUGCACCAACGGCGGAACCCCUCACGCGUUCCUCGUGUGCCAGUACGACCCACCGGGCAACUCCGGCGGCCAGUACGAGGAACAAGUGGGCCUUCCCGACUCCAGGAAGUCGUGCUAA